AUGGCUGACAAAACACAGAACAGUGUGCUACUGGCCAGCGACCCGUCGGCUGGUGAUGGUCCACAAUCCGUUGCGGCUAAAACCAAGUUCAAUCCGUCCGCAAAGCCGUUCUACUUGUCGUCGAAAAAGGUGGGUCCUAAUCAGCAAUCGCAAGGAGACGCGGGUGAUGCGGGCGACGACGGGAUAGCCUACAUCGGGCCGACCCGGCUGCCGGUGAGUACGCGCGUCUGGAACGCCAUAUCGUCGUACUCGCUGGAGGAAAUCGGAACCAGGUGCCCACCACCGCCGCCCCCUGUUCCGGUCCGGCCUUGCCCGCGCAUCACCACGACGACGUACAGCCGGCUACCGACUCAGGCCAACCUGCAGCAGCUGAUUCUGCGAGCCUGCACCUAUCAGCCCCAACCGGUGCAGCAGUCACCGUUCCUGCCGGCCAUACUGCCAAACGGUGUCAUUCAGCUGCGUCUUCGCGACUCGGUGGAUGUGGAUCUAACCCUGGAGGGAUCGAUCCGGGUGUACAGCGGCAGGAAGGAUAUCGCCAUCGCGGUCUCCAGCAAUGGUGCCGCCGUCGCGAUGCGCCACCCGAACGGGAUCAUUUUCCAGCACGGACCCCGCGUGGACAUCAUGGCGUACGAUGCAAAGCGAAACAACUCGUACAUCCGGUUUGCUAAGAUGUGGAACAAGGGAAUCAGCCUCACGAGCGAUGGGUCCGCCCUGAUCUACCUCGUUGAUUCUGCCGGCACACGCACCACCUGCGACAUGCUGAACAUGGACCUAGAGACGGACUAUGUCAAUCAGGUGUUCUACAAUGGCAUCGUUUGCGGGCCGCAGGUUUUGCCCUCGCUGCACCCGGUCGUCCAGGGCGCGAGCUUUACGCUUGGCGACGAGGGCCAGAUUACGUACGAGCUGAACGGAUUCCGCAUCAUCCAAAGUGGCGACGGGCUGGUGAAGGUUUACCGGCCGAGCCACCGCUGCGUCAUCAGGACGAGCCCGACCAACGGGUGCGCCACGGUCACGACGAAUCUCGUGCACUGCACGGCCUCCCUCGGGGCGACCUCGCACCUGUUCGUCCGCCGCGAGGAGCGUCGGAUGCACUUCGACGGGGCCACGUUCAUCGUGCGCAACGCGGGCCAUUCCGCUGGCUUUGACGAGUUCAAUCGAUUACGCGUUUACUGA